AUGCCUGCGGUCAAGGACCUGAUGCUGCUGCCGGUGGUGUUGGUGUUACCUCUGGUUCUCCUGGCACUUCAAGGUGAGUGGGCAGUGGUUUUUUGUUGCCAUGGCGAUGGCCCGAUGGCAACACCUUGGCAUGCAUGCAAGUCACCACCUUACCCCCCUCUUUCACUGACUGUAAAGUUUGUUGGUGCACUUGGAGGUGUUUUUCUGUCCUUGUCUGAUGUUGCCAUCUCUCGCUGCUGCCUGUAGUUUGAAGGCAGUGUGUGUGUGUGUGUGUGUGUGUGUGUGUGUGUGUGUGUGUGUGUGUGUGUGUGCGUGUGUGUGUGUGGGUAAAUGAGUGUUUUCUAUUCCGUUACUGUGCUGGAUUGCUCAGUAAGAUGUUCAAGGUUUUUUAUAAGGCCAUGAGGCAGUGUUUAAGUCAAGAGCGCACACUAUCACACACACACUGAUACACAAACAGCAGCUGUGGUCGAAGUUAUCCUCUUCUCACUGUGUUCCUCUGAAAGUGUGUUUUCAUGUGUAUUUGCAGUUCAGGGCUGUGAAUAACAACACUUAUCAGUACUGAUGAAUUUACUCACGCUUUGACAGUUGACAGUUUCUUAGUUGGUCGGUCCAAAAAUAACUUGGGUUUUCAAAAGCGCUCAUCCCAACUUCUGAACGGUGGAGGUGAAGAGUCUGAAAAACAGAAACCGAAAGAUGUUCAGCUCACGGUGACAAGAGCGGAUAAAAAGAAGUAAAACAUGCAGGAGUGGAGAAGUAGGAGAGAGAGUUUGAGGUGACUUUAAGGUAACUGUUUAGAAAACGAUAUCACUGAUAAUGUUGGCGUCUGAUGAUGAUUUUUAUUGCUUGUACGUCAAAGUUGCAGGUGAUUGUGCAAAUUAAAAUCCUGAUAGCAACUUUAAGAAAUGUCUGAAAAACAGAAACUGAAAGAUGUUCGGCUCACGGUGACAAGGACGGAUAAAAAGAAGUAAAACAUGCAGGAGUGGGGAAGUAGGAGAGAGAGUUUGAGGUGACUUUGAGGUAACUAUUUAGAAAAAUGUUAUGUUGCUGUCUGAUGAUUUUUAUAGCUUGUAUGUCAAAGUUGCAGAUGAUGGUGCAAAUUAAAAUCCUGACAGCAACUUUAAGAUGCUCUCACCAGCUCUGCUGUCAUUUCAGGACAGGGUCUAACAUGACAUAACAGAUCCAUGUUGUUUAUCCCAACUAUUCAGAAUGCAAAUUGAUUGAUUGACUUGAAACGACGUGUGUGAUUUGGUUGCAACCAGCAUUGAGCUUGCUAUCCAGAAUGAAUUACCAUUGUUAUAGAGUUUGGUUCAAUCAGAAUGUGAUGACUAUGAAACAGGUAACAAUUGUUAACAACUCCGUUUCCUGCUCAGUUAGGAUUGACAGUAUCAAUAUCUGCUCAUGAAUGUCGUUCCCAACUUUUUUCCCCAAACAAAAAGCCCAAAAAUCUUUGAUACAAAAAACUCUAAUGCAGAUGAACAGACAGAGGGAAUAUAAAACAAGGACAGUGUCAAACUUUAUGAAUGGAAAGUAAAGACAAAUACAAGAAAGUAGUAAAAACAAAAUCUUUCUAGCUCUCAUAAAUCUAUAAAUGAGAUUAAACAAAUUCAUCUUUCAUUAAUUGUCGCUCUCUGCUUCUUCUGCAGCCUUUAAACUUUUAAACCUCCACGAACAUUAGAAGUGUUUGACAAGGAGAAAAGGCUUCUUUAAAGAUGUGUAGAUCAAGUUACCCUUCGCUUUUUCCACUCCCCUCCUCCUCCUCCUCCUCCUCCUCCUCCUUCUGCCGGCAUCUGUAUCACAACUCAAUUUCCCACCAUCAGAAGAAGCCAUUUACUGCCAUUCAUUCUUUUAUAGCAUGAAAAACACCCUCCAAUGAGAUGAGCCCUCCUCCCCCCAGCCCCGAGCCUCGCUCUGUAAUCCAUCACCUCUGAGUUACUGUCGGCCUGCAGACUCCCUCCAGAGGAGCAGCAGCUCUGCACAGAAAUCAUCUUUUGCCGUCCUGUCUGUAGGAAUUUACGAUCACAGCUGCGUCUCUGUAUUUAUGACCUCUGGGUUUGUUUUACAAAAGUCAAACUAAUGUUAAACGAUCCGUCGGCGUGCUCUAAAAAGGACUGGAGGCCUUUUUUAGGCAAGAAUAACUGUGAGGAAAUCAGAGCCAGAAUCCCAGAAAGACAACUCAUCUUUAACUUUGUGUUUGUUCAGAUACAAGUGAAAGGGAAAACAGGGAGAGUUUAAACAGACCACUCACAGGAAGCAAUGCAUUAAAAAAGAGAUUAACUGAGCACUUAACUGUCCGCCAUCUGCUCCAUCCCUCCUCUGACAACAGCGCUACUAACCGCACAUACAAACACACCGUGUGGUCAUUCCUCUACAUCGAAACAGGAGAAUAUGUCCGGAGUUUAAACAAGCAGAGCUGCAGAAAGUUGAGCCAGGAGGUGGAUUGACUAAAAUGAGAAAGGUUGCAGACAAGUUUUUUUUAGUUGGAGGAGUCGGUGGGUUAGUUAAGGACAGAGGUGAGUAUAAACAUGUGGAGCAGGAUUGAAGGAUUGAAGCUCAUAAAAAAAAAAAGAAGCUUGUGCUUUUUAUGUUUUCAGACGUGGAUUAGUAUUUACUAAAAAUAAAUCAGGAGAUUAAAUUCAAGAAGCUGCUGUAAAGCGGUUGAUCUAAGAGCAAGGAAAACAAACUCUCAGUUAAAUAUCAGUGAUGAAGACUUCCACCCAAGAUGCUCUUUCUCUUUUUUUUCCCCUGAUUAUUUUUUGGGCUGUUUUGCUGUUACUGACCGGACAAGGUAGAGUCAGAAAAGGGUUGGAGGUGAGGGAUAACAUGCGUCAAAUGGCCAAGGGUGGGAGUCAGAACCAGGCUGCUGCUUUGAGAGCUGUAGCCUCAGCACACAGGGUUCACGGUCUAAACACUGAGCUAACCUGGCACCCUCAGCCGCACUCUCAGCUGAGCUCCUCCUGGAUUAAGUUUGAUGAAAGCUGCAAGGAGAGAAAAUACGAGGAAAGAGUUGAGCGGCUUGAUCUUAUUUAUAAUAAAACAGACCUCAUCAACAAUCGCAAACUAAAAACUGUUAUUUUUUGGACCAGCAGGAGCUAUAAUUUCUCUAAACUUUGGAUCCGCAUGGUGAAACCUUCAGAGUUUGGUGCUUUUCAAACCAAGCAGGAUCAUAUAUAACUCUGAAAGGAUUUAGUUUUUGAAUCAAGUAUUGACUACUUAGUUACAGGCAGGAUUUGGUUGCAUAGAGAGCAAAGGGGGCUGAGCACAUUGAGGGAUAUCCAAUCUAAAAACCUUUCACAAAUAUCCGCAUGUUUUAGAUUUUCACUGAUCAAUUUAUGCAGAUUUCUGUGAAUGGUAGCUGAUAACAACCAGCCCAUAGAUUUCUAACAGUAAUUUCUGUCUGAAUUGAUGGUCAAACUGUGAACCAAACCCAGUCAGUAUUUAAGCCUCAGAUGCUGAUUAUCUGAUGAUAAAAGCCAAUUUGAGACAGACCGAGCCUGCAACUACUCAGAAAGCAUGCUGAGAAUCCAGAAACACAUGCGCGAAUCUUUAGCACAUUCAACAACAGAAAGGUGUUGUGAAUUUGAGAACAAGCUGCAAAAAUCUGAUAAUAACGGCAGAACAAAAAGAGUAAACGCACAGCUGGUGGAAAAUCAAAAACACAGCGCCAACAAAUUAAAAGAACAGCAAAGCUCAGAGAUUUUCCUGGAUUUCCUGGAUCAAUGUGCACAAUUAUGGAGGAAUGUUCUUCCUAUUAAUAAUCACUGCUAGUUUAGCCAAACAGUAUGUGCUUGUAAUUAUAUAUGGAGGCUAUGGUCCUUUUAAUAGUAGUUGCUGGUUUGAAACCCAUUGAUGCAAACCAUACUCCAUUCUUCAUGCGACCUGUCCUCUUUAGACGUCUUAUCUAAUAAAAGCUCCAAAAAUGUAAUAUAAAAUCAGUAUCGUCCGAUACUGAUAUUGAUCUGAUAUCAGCACAAACUUUUGCAUGACAAGUUUUGCACUCAGCUGCAACGCCUUUUCGGACUUCAAUGAAAAAUACUGCUAUAGGGCCGAUAUCACUCCUACUCCUUGGUACUUUAGUACACACUGUUGUUGUUAUCACAUGGACGCUACCAGAUAGAGGUGCCCGAGUAGAGUCUGGAGUGGACUGCCUGUAUCGGAGUUCUGAUAUCAGAGAUUUUAGACGAGGCCAAUAAAUUCCAAUAUUCGAAUAUUUGUUGAUAUCAGAUUGAUAUCCAAUAUCAACAUCGUAUCGGGACACCCCUGUAUAAAAUUAAGGGUAAAAAAAAAUCUCCAUGUGCUCUUUUCUUUUUUUUACAAUUUUGCCAAAAGAUUAAACACACUACCCUGAGAGACGGCAGGGUUGUGUUGCCGCUCUCAGGCCUCACCAGCAGCUCGUAAAGCCUAAUGCAUCUGACGGAAACAUUAACUAAUGCAGCAGCAGAGAGACCCUUUGUUUCCGUAGUCAUUUAGUCUCCAAAUGGUCUCCAGCUCACUCUCAUGGUCAGUAGAGAUCACUGUAUACAGGACGUUUGAACAACCACACCAUUUCUUCCACCCCGAGCCAUUUAGACGUCAUGUCCACUCCAUCACUCCACCUCGACCGCUGCAUCUGCUAAGACUGCAAAUCACAUUACAGGGAAGCUCAUCAUUCUAAGUAGCAGGAGUAGAACAUAAAUGAAUUAUAAAUUCUGGAGUCAUGCGCUGCAGAAGGGUUUUUAGAAAACCAUUAGGUCUGGGUUAGGGUCAGUGCUGUAAAUAUCUGCAUAGUGAUGCUAUUACAACUCGUCAGAGUGAAGGAUGUUUGCCAAGACAGCUGGGAUUUCUUGUAGAUUUGAUUGUUUUUCUGGCUGACCUUUGGUUAGAGUCGAGGAACUUUUUCGAUCUUUAAUGUCACAGAUGAAGUCACCUCUUCUUCCUCUUGUGUUUUUUUUUUAGCAUCGUCAUUGUCUCAGCUUGCUUUAAAAAUCUUGCAGUGGCUGCCAAAGUCAUACUGGGUGUUCAGAUUUGUGCAAAUUGCCUCUUACAGACACCAGGCGUUUUAACAAUGAGCCUUGAUUGAUGCACUCCAUCUAAAUGGCCCUGCGACGUUUGUGGAGACUCUAACGUUCACUCAUUGUGCUCCAAACUGCAGCUGCUGUCAGAAUCCGCGCGAAUCUCGAGCUGAGGAGAUUCAACUUUUGACUCUAUUUGAGGAUAUUUUCUGAUUGCGACAUCAAUUCUGAGUCUUAAAUCUGGAGCGAGAUGUGCCCUGACCUAAUUGCAGUCUGCAUGUACAAAAAAACACACACCUGGGUUCCUGCUCAUUCAGCAAUGUGCUAGACACCUCUGAGUUUAGGAGAAGAAAGAGCUGAGAAGUGCAUUUUUAUUUCCCUUAACACAAUCAUUUAUGCUUAUUGUAAAUGAACUCAGUUAUCACAUUCAUUUACUACUUAAACUCUUGUGCAAUUAAAAGCAAUUUAUUUACCACUCUAGUAAGAAUUUAAAGCUGCAGUAGGGAACUUUUGAUUUUUGGAUAACUGGUUUUUGGCGCCCCCUGUGGAAAAGCAGUAAAUCUAUCUUUGGGAGAAAUGUUUGCAGACGGAAAGAAAUCUGGUCCUGCUGUCUUUACACAUUACGUUAAAUCACUCGCUGUGAAUCUCUGCUAAUGUAAACAAAUGUAACUCAGGAGUGCGCCGCUAAUCUCUGACAGCUAAUCUGUGACGUUUGAAUUUAAGUGCAUUAGUGUUCCUCUGCUGUUAGCUAACCAUGUUAAAGGGAUAUUCCAGCGAAACCAGGCAAAGCUAUAAAGAUGUUUGAUAGCUAGUGCUACAGCUAGGACCCCAUGGGCCUAAUCUAUUAAAGGUUUGCAUGUGCAAAAAUAUGUGCAAACUUGAUAGCCCACGCAAACCUGACUAACUCUGUGUUACAGUGUGUUUGAACAUGACUUAAAUUUACACCGGAAUAUCCCUUUAAUCAAAGAUUGGAAUUUUGUUUUCAUUUCGUUUAACUGUUUCGUUUUGAGAUAUUAAAUAGCUAAGAGCUGUAAGGUAAAAUUAUGACAAGCUACAUAAAUUCAACAAGAACCAGCUUACUAUGCAUGUUAGAAGUAUAAAAGCUAUUAGUCAGCCAUUAAUGUUCGAUUAAACCUCAAUUUCGCAUGAACAAACCUACAGUUGCUCAUAAUAUUGUCAUACAGAAUAAGUAAUAAACACUUUAUCAUCACCAAUUUGCCACAAAGUGCAUGUUAAUAAACAACACUCAGGGAGAACACAUGCUCUCUGUGUUAGCUAAUCUGUGCAUAUGUCAGUUUAUGACUUAAUACUCAGCUGUAAAGAGAUUAAGAGUUUCUCGUGUUUGUGAUUAAUUAAAAAAUUUAACACCCCAGAGACAAACAGACCAAUAAGAAGAGAGACAUAAAGCUCCUAAGCGCUGUCACUACUGCCAUGUUUUAUCAGGCCUGAUGACGCACCUCUUCCCUCCACUCGUACACUUAGUUCAGAUUUAACGCUUCCCAAAACUGUGCAUGUGUUUGUGUGUAUGUGUGUGCCAGAACAGCACAAGGGCAGGCAAGGACAUAUGCGUAUUAUGAAUCAGAACAAGCAGAGCAUUUAGUGUGUGAGGAGAUCUUUUUAAAUAACGCCUUUCUGUCUGGACAGAGUGGACCACAGGCUGAAAAAGAAAAACUGAAUUAGUGUUGGGAGUGUGUGGUAUGGUAACAUUAAAGACCGGGACAUGUCACACUAAUACGGUUAUUUCAUUCAUUAUUGUCAAGGUAUUGAGAGAGGAAGCUUUGUGAUGUAGACCGGCUGAGUGUUUUGGCUUCAGGGUUUGUAGUGUUCUCAUCUAACCGUCAGCUUUGCAUUUUUUCUGAGGCAGACCUGAAAAAGCCUAAAAUAUUCAAUAAAUGGGAAUCGCUCAUUGUAAAAAAAACAAAGUUGGUGUAGUUCACGCAGUUUCAAAAUGACCAGAAGCUCGUUUGUCUGACAGCCUGUUAGUUUAAAAUGACAUAUGGGAAGCAAAACAAGAUUUCCCGUUGGAUAAGCUUCAAUAUUUUUGAUUUUGGUGCCGGUGUUCAAGUCUGGGGAAUGUAUUUGGUGAGUUAAAUCGAAACUUUUCCACCUGUUCUCUAAAUGGAGCCAGCCAGCCAUUGAAAGGAGGCGGUGUAUUCAGGGCAGAAGGGUUUUAAUUCAGUUCAAUCAUUUUCUCUUUCUGAAAAACAGGCUGUUGGAAAGGGCUUUGGUCCUCUGAGAUUUGGAGAUAAUUGAUUUUUGGAACAAUGUCAUGGCAAUGUGUUAGCAACUUCCCAAACUGGCAGGUAAGAGACAAACUUUUAGUCCAUAUCUGGUGAACCAAAUGCGGCUUUUAAGGUACAUAAUCUUUCCCAGAGGUUGGUGGAGACAAAUAGAUGAUGAAGAGUGACAAGUACUGACUCCCUUCAAAUAUUAUGUAUGCAGAGGAUUUGUUUUUCAGCAAAUAAUGUGUCUGAGCGUCUAUAACCCUUUCACUCUUCUCUGUAAAACGGUAAACGGUAAAGACAACACAGCUCUACAAAGGCUAACAUAAAGUGUAUCGUGGCGUAUGUGCAGUUUAUAGUUUCAAGACUACUAUAGAUCAGAGGAGUAACUCACAGAAAGGUAGGACUGAGAAAAAGGCACAAUCAUAAAUCUGUCUGCUGCUUCAGCACCACGGACAGCGCCACAGAUAAAUCAAUAGAAGGCACAGUUAUGAUACUGAUACUUCAGGGCCACGCUUUGGACCAUAGAUUUUCUCUUACACAAGCCUCAUCCAGGUGGAGGAUCAAUGAGGAGGGCAGACUAGACCGACAUAUCUACAUAAACAAACCCUCUCUGCGCUCGAAUGGAAAGGCAGGUUAAGAUGUAGAAGAAGAGUGCAUCCAACCUCAAACCCUGCGCUGAAUACAAAGCAGUAAUAUGUCAAACAAAUCUUUUAGCCUCCAGGUGUGACACUUUUUUGCGAGACGCUGCUACAAAGUUUGGUUUUCAAAUUUUCUCUCACUCCUUUUAGCUGCAACAAAGAACUUGAGCAUCAGGAUACAUUAAAGUAAACAUCAAUUAGGGCUGGGCGAUAAACUGAAAAUUUACCAAUAGUGAAAUUUACAACAAUAACCGACGUCAUUUUGCCAAUGUCAAUAUAUUCAGUGUCAAAAAUAUAAAAGAAUAAAAGUUGGUUUUGGAUGGGGCGGCAUAGUGGUGUAGUGGUUAGCACUGUCGCCUCACAGCAAGAAGGUCCUGGGUUCGAAUCCGGGUCACGGCAUUUCUGUGUGGAGUUUGCAUGUUCUCCCUGUGUCUGUGUGGGUUUACUCCGGGUUCUCCGGUUUCCUCCCACAUCCCAAAAACACGCAGAAGUGGGGUUAGGUUAACUGGCCACUUUCAAACUGCCCGUAGGUCUGAGUAUGAGCGUGGAUGGUUGUUCAUCUCGAUAUGUCAGCCCUGCGAUAAACUGGCAACUUGUCCGGGGUGUCCCCUGCCUUCACCCGAAGAUGCUGGGAUAGACUCUCAGCCACUCUCCUGCUGAAUGCGUACAACGCUACUGCGCAGCGCUGGUUUCAGGAAAUGAAGAAAAAUCGCGGAAAUACCGAGAGCUAUUUGGCUUCAAAACCAAGUUGUCCGUAGUAUAUACGGUCUAUGGUCGUAAGACAGCAGGAGAGAAAGUAGUAGUGUAUAAAUGUCACUCCUUGGAGACAGGAGUUUGUUUUGUUUUCUAAUUGUUUUGAACUCUGGUGUUAGGAUUGUCAAAUCUUUACCUCCUGACUUUUGUUUUUAAUUUGUUUUGCACAGUUUUGUUUUUCACUAUUGAAAAAGAAAGCAUAUUGUUGAAUAUGUAUUGAAUAAAAUAUAGCAGAGGACUAAGUUAACCUCGUAUUUUUCCUCUUAAGCUCAAAGGACACAGCAACCUCUGAUUUUUGACUCAUUUUAGGAAAUUUUCCUCGUGUUUUAUGUCCCUAAAUCUAAAGAGGUAACGUGUUUGUUGUUUCCUUUUGGUGUUUGGUGAAACCUUAUUUUAUAAAUGAAUGAAAGAAGAUUUUAAAAAAAGCAAAUAAAAAAGAGGACAGGGAUUCCUCCGGCUUGUCUUACUCCGGCAAAUAUGUGGCCAUCACUUGAGUGGCUUUGUGGGGUGAAAUGAAAGAGGCUCUCACAGAGCUGUUUGCUUCGAUGCUUCCUUUGUUGCAGUGGAAAGUCUCUUCGCUUGCUUCGUGUCGAGGGAAAUGUCAUAGAUGCUUGGCAUUUCCCCUGGUUGUGUAUGUCUACAGUAUGUGACGUGUGUGUGUGUGUUUGUGUGUGUGUGUGUGUGUGUUUGUCUGGAGUCACCCAGCCAUGGAAACAGAUGUCGUCUCAUCAGUAUUUCGCUGAUCUUAUGUGGCCUGUUCAGCAAAUAUUCUUGAUCCUUUCUGUAUUCUCUUGAGCUGCCGGCGACACGCUAAGCUCGCUAACCUCAGAGGGUGGUUGUUCUUUUGUGCAGCCAGAGCUAUGAGGCAGUUUCUCUGCUUUGUCGGCCUCAGGGGUAUUCAGACACUGAUAUGAGGGAUUAACCAGUCAGAUCCGUGUGGGGAAGUAAAAACUCCUAAUCUGCAAUUUCUGGAAUAUCUGUUGCAUAAUCCCAAAGCUCAGAUCCACAGAUUAUGCAAUGGAUUUGGUAUUUUUGAUGCCCUGUGUGUUUGUGUUCUCCUGCUGUUAGUGCUGAGGCAGUUUGGUGACUCGGACUUGUUUAGUCUGCAUUUUCGAUGUGCUGUGUCUUCUGCAUCUGCUUGCAUAUUUGUGUCCUCCUCUUACACUGUCUUCUCGCUGUCUUCUUUACUCGCUGUCUCAGCUCCGGACAGUCAGCAGCUUCCCCGCUCACCUUGCACAAUCUCGCCUCUUGUUGUGUCACCGACCUCCAUCAGGAUUAUUGCCUCUCUCUGUCUGUGUGUUGCUGAUUUUCACGUCUUUUUUUCUUUCCGUCCUGACACUGAAUUUCUCUCUCCUGUCUGCAGACAUGCUCUUCAAUUACUUUCCUGUCCUAACAUGUGCUCUGUUGUUGUUGUUGUUGUCGUAAUGUGUCUCCUCUCUCCUCUUGUUUUUCCCAGCAGUCAAUUUGCCAGCCAUCUCAAACCCUUCUGUGUUUUCUGCAUGUGAUGUCUCGCUCUUGUAUUUUCUCUCCUGUCUCUUUAUGCCUCUGUCUUCUCUGCACAGUAGAAGCUAACAUGAUUGAAUCUUGCAAAGACUUGAGUCAAACUAUUCUUGCAAAUUCAUAUUUGGUCAGAACUGUGGAGCUGUCUCCUUUGACAAACAUCUUUUGGUUGAUUUCCCGAGAGAUUUUACAGGGGCAUUAGGUGAUGAAUGACUUUCAUCGACCUCUAUUGGCAGCUGAGGAUUAGCUGCUGCACUUACAGCUGGUGCUGCUCACAGCAGCCUGUAAUUAACACAAACAAUCAAGUCCUAUUUGUAACACACAAGAGGGCUAAUUUGAGCAAAGAUCCAACAGAAACGGCACAAUAAUGCCACAGAUUUGUAUUUUCAACAGGAAUUGAAAAUCUGCACCUGAUCUCUCGGCAGAUCAGGAGCAGUCUUUGCAGAAGCUGUUUGACUCAGGUCUGUUUGCGAUAAUCUGGAGCUCGUCUUCAGACCCACGUCCCAGAAAACCUGAAAACCAAAGACCCUAGCUUUAACUGGACAUAGUUCUAGAAGUUUAAUUAUUCAGGUCAUCCUCACAACUUUCUUUUUAGCAGGACUCAAGUCUGUGAAAAUGCUGCUCUAAAAUAAAUUCUGGUUUUACCUGCAGUUCAUUUAUUCAUUUAUUUUAUUAGUUUAUCUUUGAUUAUGGUGUACUUGAUAUAAUCACGAGGAAAUCUGACAAACAAUUAAAGCCUGAAACACAAGCAUAACUCCAGAGGAUAGAUCUGUUUUUACCUGAAGAGGAAUAAAAGUGAGUCUAAUAUUAUCCAUGUAUUUUUAUCAAUAAAGAAAUUAUACAGUAUAUGUGGGAUUAUAAAUCUGUUGUGGAAAACCUUUAAUAUGUCUAGCACAAAAAUCAGCAGAGUCAAUAUUAAUGUAUUUUCUUGUGAUCGUGUGCUAUUUUGAACCUUUUGAUUUACCGUAGUUAAGCUGCUGCAAGAAAAUAGUCCCUCUGAGUUUUUGAAUGACACGUAACUUGACAGUCUAAAGGGAUAUUAUCUUUAUGUAAAUACAACUCAAAUAUCACUUCAGUGUUUUGAGCUUAAAAUGCUGCCUAUAGUGCAACUAAUCAUUCUAAUAUCAGCAAGCAAUAGUAUCACAAAACAAGACAAAGCUCUGUUUUUGUAGGGUGUGAACUGACCCCUGCAUGAGUUUGAGUCCCAAAUUAAGAUAUCUGGUAAGAAUUGUUUUACAUUUUUAGUACAGACUUUAAAAAGGAUUUUAAAAUGUGAUUUAAACGUAAGGUUGUAAUACUCACUGUUUGACAGACCGAGUCGAAAUAAAAAUCAACCUCUAAAGUUUACACAGUUUAAAACCUACGUUCAGAUGUCCUGUUUGUUUGUAUUUAUUCAAAAUUCAAAAACAGAUAUUUGAGACUCUAUAAAUGUUUAUGUAGGAGUUAAGAGCUCAUCUGCCAAGACUGUGGAUGAACAUCAGACCAAAAUGAAGCGAAGAAAAUCUGAUUUCAUUUUCUGAGACAAACAAAAAACGAUCAAAACUUAAAAAAAAAGACUGAAACCAGCUUUCAUCUUUCCUGCCCUGAUCACAUCAAAAACAAGUCAUACUAGUCAUGGACUGAAAUCAGUUCAAACAAGUCCAGGUUCAGGUUUAGUCGGUCUCAUGUUCCUGCUGGGUGUGGCGCUUGUGUUUGUUUUUUUGAGCUCGCUUUCAUCUAUUGUUUUCAUCUGUUAGCAUUGGGUCCGUUUAGAGUCAACUUUGGGGGCUGUGAAGACUGUAAUUGUGCUCUUAACUUUCUCUUCUCCUCUCCUUCUUCCUCUCUCUCCCCCUGCUGUGCAUCAGCCAGCAUUAGGCCCUGCUUCCCCCAUGCUUUUGUAGAUAUGGCUGUAAUACUGAAGCAUAUGCUAACUUUCUCUUUCUUCCUUCUCCCUCUUCCCUCCCCUCCAUGUUUCACUGCACUGUAGUUGCAUUUCUAUUUUUAAAAUUCUUUUAAGUCUCUCUUUUGUUCUGCAGUGUUUGUAUCCCAGGGAGUAAAAAGUAGCUCUUUGUUGUAUGUUUGUGUACAUGAGGCCACGGACGAUGUGCAGCUCCUCUGACCAGACUUUGAAUGAUUUCAGUUCGUCUUUGAUUCUUCCUGAUCAGCCUUGUGAUUCCUGUCCUCUCCCUUAUCUCCUUCCCUCCUUCCCGGUGUUGCGAAUCGAAACAAAAGCAUCCCCAGAGGUGAAAGUUGAGAAUUGCACAAGAUCAUUGGUUGAGAGCCAUGCUGAGGCCUCAGUGGAAACUGCAUGGUGCAGUGUGAGAAAGAAACAUGUGGAGUUACAGGUGUGUAACUCCUGGCCGAUGAGAAGUAUGUGUCAUGUUGAUGAUGGCAUAUAUAGAUUCACGCUUCUAUAUAUGAAUGAAGACUAAAUUACAAUUUGACGAAUGCAAGAAAUGACAAUCGCUCACUGCAACCUCUUUAUUUCCCCUCACUUUCACAGAUUUAGCACCAAAAUAUGAAUGACUUCCAAAGUGGAAAUCAGAUCAAUCAAAUAAAAAAAAAAAUCUUUCAGCUGAAAAGAUGAGAGGAAAUAAAAAAAUGCAAGAUGGAAGCUCUGCCCGUUACAAAAGAAAAAAAAACACGCAUGCAAUGAUCAUUAGAAGUAAGCACAAGACAAUUCAAGAGCAACAGUAACUGACAUUGUUUUGUAACGUGCUGUUUAGACAGCUUGCCUGCAAGUACUGAGAUAGUGGAAAAACAGAGCUCAGCCCGUGUAUCGAGCUUUCCCUUGAGUCAUGGCUCCAUGAAAAAGAGGACAAAGCCGCCCACAGCUCUUACCUCUGAAGCCUGCGACCUGCAGAUAGACAAACGGCGAUAAAAUGAUUCAGAUGGUUCCUAACUCAACGUUCCUCAUCCUUUUCACUCUGUAGCAUCUCUGUGCCGUGGAGCCUGCGUGGAGGUGGAGUCAGACACAGAGGCUGAGGUAAACAAAGGCUUCAAGCUGGGCUGCAUCUCCUGCAAGCAGAGGGGCGAGGUGCCCGCCGAGGCACGUGUGGAAUGGUACUUCAAGGCCUUCGAUGACGCCGAUUUCUCACCUGUGAGUUAAGAAAAGAUGUGUUUUUUUAAAAAGGAACUUUAAUAAAGUUUGUGAAUUAACUGAUCUUACCUCUAGGAGCAAGCAGGACACAGGACAUAGACAGGAACUUAGAACCAAAAGCUUGUAGGCACUUGGGUUUUCAGGUUUUAUGCCAGUGGUUCUCAGCUGGUCUCACUCUGGGACCCACAUUUUCCCAUGGUCCUUAAGUCACGACCCACUUUUAUAGAAUUCAAACCAAGCAAAUUUAUUUUUUAUAUAAAAAAACCUUUAAAGACUCAAAUCUUUAACACAAAUACACCCGUUUUAUUGAGUAAAGUGCAUUUCAGAGCACAUGAACUCAGGACGACAACUACUGAAGUUGCAUAUAUAGAAAAAAUCACAUCCAUCCAUCUUCUACCACUUAUUCCCGUUCCUGGAGUCUAUCCCAGCAUCUUUGGGCGAAGGCAGGGGACAACCUUUGAUAAGUCGCCAGUUCAUCGCAGGGCUGACAUAUAGAGACAAACAACCAUCCACGCUCACAUUCACACCUACGGGCAAUUUGAAAAUGAGCAAUUAAACAAACCCCACUUCUGCAUGUUUUUGGGAUGUGGCAGGAAACCGAAGUACCCGCAGUAAACCCACACAAACACAGAGAGAACAUAGAGAACAUGCAAACUUCACACAGAACGCCCUGACCCCAGAUUUGAACCCAGGACCUUCUUGCUGUGAGGCGACAGUGCGAACCACUACACCACUGUACCACCCUGAAAAAAAAUCAAAUAUUAAUUAAAUAUCAAAUUGCACAAAAUAAGCUAUUUAUUCAAAAUAAAAGACAUUUCAAACAUCAGAUGCCCAUUAAAUAUUUACUUUUUUGACCAGUUGUUUGCGACCCAUCCAGAACAUGUCCGCGACCCACUUUUGGGUCGGGACCCACCGGUUGGGAACCAUUGCUUUACGUACACAGUUACACCUCAUUUGUGUAUGACCAUGGCAUCCAUAGAUGAGUAAACAAUACCUCGAAAAACAAUACCAAUACCAAUAUGCAUUUCUUCACCACUCAAUAUUCAUGACACACCUCCUAUGAGAGUGUUUCAUGAGUUCUGAUAAAACUGCUGCUUUAGCUCCUCUUUUUACAGGCCAACAUUAAUUAAAGACUUGCAGUUGCCUCUUGCCGCUGCAGCAAAGUGUCUACUGCUAUUGCCCUUUCACCUAAAAUAACGCUGACUGGUUUGGUCACCCUCUGACCGGGAACGAGCCUAUCAUCUCAAAGCUUUGAAAGAUGGGUACGCCUGGAAUCUGGCCAAUCCAUCUGCUUCGCGAGAUUAGUCACUUUUUUUGGUUAAGAAACGCUGAGUCAGAAUAACUCAAAUCUAGACACUGGCGAAGAGGUGGGGUCAAAGCCGUAAAUCAGCCAUCUGACAAAUCAGCCCAAUCAUGCCAAGUUUUCAACGCCACCACCAGCUCUCCCUUUGGUACCAGACUGUAUGUUCACUUGUGGGUAUUUUAUGGACUCUGAUUGGAUUUCCUUUGUUUGUUUAAUUUCUGCAUUGGCUUAAUUUUUUUAACACUGCCACUUAAAAAACACGACACAGUCCAUCAACGAGCAUCUGAGAGCGUAUUUAUUAAUAAUUCAUAUCUGAUCGGUUUCAUCUGUCCGUUCUUGUUCGUGGUUGCAGACGCUCCCUGGACCUUUGCUUACACAACAAAGUUGUUAUGCAAUCAGUGCAGACUCCAGAGAGUGACUUGAUCUGGUGAAUAAUCAAUUCUCCUUAAAACUGAGAAAUUUUGAUCUCUUUUAAACCUGCAGAGCUCAGGGGUUUUAGAGUAUUUGACUGUCUCUUGGCAUUUGUCUAUUCAUGUCCAAGUCUUAUAAUCUCAUCCUAAAAAGUGACUUAAUGAGAAGUUUUAGUUAAAAUUAUCCGCAUCCUGACAAACAGCAGCUGCUCAAGUUAUUUUUGUGUCAAGAUCCAGAAGAAAACAACCAAAAAGUAACAAACACAUCCAUCACAACACGGCAAUUUGCCUCCUUUUCCGGGAAACAGAUUCAAUGCAUUUAUCAUGAGAGAGAGAGAGAGAGAGGAGUCUUGAAUUUUUCAUGACGCCCCCCCUCCCAUGCGUCGUCUGGUAGACAGCAUUGCUAACCGAAGGAAUGCUCACCAGGCAAAACAAAGAGGCCAUUACAGCAUGUAGAUGAAGCGGGCCAGAUCCCAUUAGCUUCUUCAGACUCUGUUUCCACCAAUUCACCAGAGAGAGCAGAGGUGAAGCUGUAGCUGCAGCUGAGUCGAUGCAGCGCCGAGGUGGAGACCAACUGUCUGUUUCCUGGAGACAUGAGGGGGAAAUGUUCACAAUCAGAGAGACAAAGUGACAGUCUCUUGACCAGUUUAACCACGUCGCUUCCCUCAAUGUCACAACACAUUCUCUGCUUGUCUUCUAGUUAUAUAACUAUGCAGAUGAAAAGCCUGAAGUCGUCGAUCCACGUUUCUUGGAUCGGCUGGAGUGGAACGGCAGCAAGGGCACCAAAGACCUACAGGAUGGCUCCAUUUACAUCCUAAACGUGACCUUCAACGACACGGGAACCUACCACUGCACCUUCUACCGCACCCUGAAGUACAGCGACUACGAGUAUAACACCAACCACUCCAAGGUGGUCGUCUUGAACGUGGUUCCACAACGUAAGAGCAAAGAGGGGAGAGGAAGGUUUUAGACAGUAUGGACUCGUGAUUUCACACUAAGAUAUACGUUCAGUCGUUUGGAGACAGCCUAAUGUUCAACAGACUCAGAUCACCUCAGGUUAUUUGUAAGACCCACUCUGAUGAAAAUCAUGUUUUUCUUGCUUUUCACAUGUUCAUAUGGAAUUUUUUCUGAUGCUACAGGACAUAUCAUGAGAAAACUAUGUGUAAAAUUGCAUCUCUGAGUAUUUCUGCUUUCAAAUCGCUGUUAAUCUCUCACAGACCCAAACAGCAGGAUCAGACACAGUAACCCCCAAUUUCCACCACAUCCAGAACGGCUACGAAAAGGCCGUAUCCACCGAUCGUAGCUGAUCGUAACCAUUCAAGUUACUGUGUCAAUUUCCACCGACUUCUUUCUGUUUGCUGCAGUGUUCUAUUGCGAGUAUGAUAAAUUCAGCAGAGAUUAACCCGUGCUGGAAAGAAAGUCGGGCACAGACACAAAAUAAAACAUCUGUGUUUCAGGCGGAUCGUAUUUCACACCAUGCAAAAGGUUUAUAGACGUCAUUUCACCCCGAUGACACCAUCGAGAUGCUGAUUUUAUACGUCUCGAAGUAGAUUUCCUCCUCUGAAGGGGCACAAUCAAUUGCUAAUAUGGUUAGCCGAUGUGGCUAAAGAAGACUUGUUAUCGCACGAUUGUAGGUGAAUUCACGGAUUCUUGUGAUCCGGUAGGAAUUGCCGGACGGUGAAAAUCGCCACCGUUCCACACCGGAGCCGUUCCGCAUGGGGUGGAAAUCCCGGGUGAGAUUUCCUACAUCAUAAGUCCAAGCCCCGCCCCCUGAGCCCCGCUGUGCAAGCCAGACUUUGAGAAAUAGAGAGGACAAUCGCGGAACAAGCGUGUGCGUUAGCGGAUUGCAAUGCUCGUAAGAAAGAUAAUAAUGAUACUAACUUUCAUCGUGUUCUCAAAGACAUUGGUGUCCAAGAGCUCCUGAAUAGCUCUUAUGUUACCUGCUCUUGGACUCUCGCUCUUCUACUACACUGGCUGCAUAUUUCCUAGGCUGCAAGCUAGCGUGAAGAGGAGCGUGAAGAGGAGUGUGCAGAGCAGCGCUGUCUCCGCCCACGACUCAGAGGCAAAUUACUAAUGAUCUACUGGAGCUCUGCAGAAGAAAAGCCCUUGAAAAUGACACAGGUUACGUGAUUUUGGCUAAAAACUUCAUAAUCACAGUUUAAAGACCACUGAGAAGACUUUAAGUAGUAAAAAAUAAACGAUCGGAGUGGGACUUUAAAGCAUCUGCUGCUGGAAUUAAGAAAUCAUAAAGGAUACCAUCCCAUAAUUAAGGACAGGAGGUCACAAAUGAUACUGUUACUGGGAAUUGUAAGGCCUCAGCAGCUUCAUAGAUCUUAGGAAGCAUAUCAAACCCAAUUUAAUUUCCAUGAGUACACUGACACCAUGUAUCUCCCCUUAUCUCCUUCUCUGCCGCCACAGUCACAAGGGGAAUGGCAUCCAUCUUGUCGGAGGUGAUGAUGUACGUCUCCAUCAUCGGGCUGCAGCUCUGGCUCGUGGUUGAAAUGAUUUACUGCUACAGGAAGAUCGCAGCAGCAGGAGAGGAAGCUCUGAGGGAGAGCGCGUGAGUAACGCUUGAAACACACACAGACCAGCUUCUCUUCAGUGCCAGUGCUUCAUUUCCAAAUCCUGCUGAGCCAUCCAAAUGUCCUGAUCUCCUACCAACUGUUUUGACCCUCGUUUUUCCUCGUUGGCAUCGUUUGGAAAGCAAAAAUUCAAUCUGUUUGUAUCUGCUCUUCUCAGGAUGACAGACAUUUCCCCCUUUUUUCUCCUUGUUCUAAAGUGUCUUCCUGAUUUUACGAUCUUCUCUGUCUAAUUUCUCCUUUCUGUUACACUCUUUCUCUCAGGGCUGAAUAUCUGGCUAUAGCAUCGGAAAGUAAAGAUAACUGUGCAGGUGAACAAGAAGCAGAAUAG